UGAUACUUCUAUUACAAAGCUGUUUAAGACUCUGCUGUCAGUGUGUAUGCUUGGGGACCCCUGUGAUGUUCAGCACUGGGCUCUGAUCACCCUGAGGACAUGGAGCUACCCAGGACCUUUGACACCUGUGGGUCUGAGGGGUCCUAACUACAAGGAAGAAUGAAUAGGGGGUGCUGUGGUCUUCCUGUCCCUUGUCAACCUCUGUCCCCUCUCCUUCCUGCCUACAGGUGGUUUCUGCAGACAGUCUACUUCCCUUCAGCCUCUGCAACAGCAUUGCUUCUAGCUGUGUUGCUAUCUUACCUUGAGACUGUGAGGGCCAUGGCGGAGAGAGUGCUGGUGCCCACCCAGAUAGGCCGGGGGGACCGCUACUACACAUACACGGAGCUGUUGGCUAUCUCAAGGCGUUUCAAGCAGAAUCCCAAUGAGCUGAUGGUCACCUGGAUCCUGCGGGUGUAUGACCAGGGAGGCCCUGCCCUGUCCCUGAAUUCUGGGGAGCUGGGGCUACUGGGUGACCUCACCAAUGAUGCCAUCUUUAACUACCGCUGCAAAGCCCUACGGGGGGCUGGCUGCCAGACUCUACUGAGCUGGCUACUGCAGGCCUGGCGUCAGCGCUGGGAAUCCUCCCUGCAUUUUGAGGCCACUGAGCUACCUUUCAGGCCCUGGACCACUAUGGAGGAAGGCAUCCAACUGGUUCGUGAGCUGGGCAUGAUUGAAUGGAUCUACCUUGACCCAGAAGGGCCUGUGGACCUGGCCCCAGAGGAUGUGGCUUUCACUCAAGGCCUGCAGCGGCGCCUGCUAACAGCAGCACCCUCUGAGCUACGGCUUUCACUGGUCAGCCUGCUGGUGCGUGGCAUGACAGUAUUGGAGGCUGUGAUGGAGAUCCAGACUAUUGCUGAUGUGGGCCUGCUCUGGCGCCAGAGCCAUCCAGGCCGCACCAAGCUCAUGUUGGGGCCCAACCCAACUCGCAAGGACCUCCUAGGCUGGCUGCUCAGCCAUGGUGUACCCAGGGAACAAGUAGACAGGCAGCCUACCAAGGUACUCCUGGAACUGUACAUCAAAGAAGCCAAGCGCAGUCGUGGUCACCCCAACUAUGGGCUAACCGAGGAGCAGCCCCCACCACCCCCUUACUCUGACCAGGCCUGUGGGGAAGAGCAGCCAGUGCGUCAUGACUAGUCCUGGACUGACAUCAAGAGGACACCUGCACCCCAGGGUUGAAGGUGGGGAAAUGAAUUGCAAAGAGGCUGCCUGUAACCCAGGUCACUAGGAAGCAGCUUGGCAAGCACCUUCCCCACAUUCCCAUCCCUACAGCACUUAAGGCCAAACUCAGUGGCCCCAAAGAGGAGUGUGCAUGUUCCUAGCCACACAGUCCAUGUGGAAAGUGAGCUACAGGUGGCCAUUGGCUGUGAUUCUAGGGUGCUUAUGGCCCUGGACUUAAUCCCCUUGAGUUGGAGCUUAACGCAAUGCUAAGAUGUGUGGCCACUUCAGGGUCCCCACCCCUCUGCCUCCACAUGGGCCCCAAAGCACUACAUACAGGCCAUCUUGAAUUUUUUACUUUUUCAAUGCAACACUUACAUAGAUUUUAGGUAUAGGCCGCACUUCCAUGGACUUAUACUGGAUGUUUGACACUUGAGGGCCAGUCUCCUAUUGUAAAGGCUUAACAUUGCAAACUUUUCUAAUGCAGCAUUUUUACUUUAUAUUUUAUUUUGAGCUUAUGUGACACUUUUUUGUGGGGAGGAGAACCCCCUUUUGUAAAGACUUUGCUUUGGGGACCCUGUCCCCAUUUUCUUUUAACCAUACCCUUCCCUCUUGAAGCACCUUCCAGCUGGGUCUGGUCUCCCUGGCUGCACAGAUGGCCCCUGGCCAAUGUAGAUCUGGAUUUAGUGGAGGGGUGAGGUGGGCAGCCCUGGAACUUUUGCCUUCGUGAGUUCCUAUUAAAUGGCUGGAUCAUUG